AUGUUUACCACAGCCAGCGUGAACCUUUCCAGUGGCAUGUCAUCCCCAACAGCCUCCACGAGCAUGCAGUCGCUUUCGACACUGGAGAUUAGGUCUUCCCUCGUAGUAGUCACGUCUUCGCGGCACAGGUUCUACUCUGCUCUCGACAUCGCUUAUGCAGGCAUCCUCAGCCGUCAUAAGCAGCUCGACAUCCGACGCUGGCCCGAUGACAACAAGCGCAAGAAGUCUGGGUUCCUUCACCCAAUCGAGUACCUCAACCAUUUUGGUUUUGAGCUCUUCCGUGGAAGCUCUCUCAUCCAAUGGUGCAUCAAUCAGUUCAAUCUUGUCCAGCAGCCAGAUUGCGAGCUUCUCUUCGGAUCUGCCAGGAUCAAGCUCUUCAAGUUCAUCAACAUCAGGCACUACAAUUACGCCUUCUACUAUUUUCACCACGUCUACUCAGGCUACUUCGUCAAGCAUAUCGAGCACCUCAAGCACGUCAAGCGCGGCAAGCACAGCGAGCACUUCGACAUCCACGACUUCAACCUCCAUGGUUUUGACUACACCGGUUACGUCGACAACCACUUUGACAACUCCAACCAUUCCGACCUCUUCCUCCACCCCAACCACCUCAACUAUCGUAACUACCCUGGCCACUCCAACUACUCCGACUACUGCAGCCACUCCGACCACGUCGACUUCCACCUUGGUAGCUCCAACAACAUCGCGGGAAACUCGGAAGUCAAUGCCCUGGGCUAUAACGCGCGCGAUGACUACCUCUACGCCGUAGCCCAAAACGGCCUCCUCACGUCCAUCUCGAUCAUCCGCCUCAAUGCCCGGGGCGAUGUAUCCGUAGUUGUCCCGCAGGUCGCCAACAAGCUCGCCCUUCUGGGGGGCUUCAACGCGGGCGACGUCGACGAGAACUCCCAGUAUUGGAUCUCCACCAGCGGCAAUGACUGGUACCAGUACGACCUGCGCCCCGGCAGCGCCACCUACGCGCAGCAGGUUGCCUACGGCACCCUGCCGCUGCUGUCUCGCCCCGCGCAGGUCAUCGCGGACUGGGCCUACGUCCCCGGCGGCGGCAACUUUCUGUGGGCCAUUGGCACGGCGUCCGGCGGCCGGACGGUCCUCAUGCAGUUCAGUCGGUCGACGAAGCGGUGGACGCAGGUACGCGACUUUGGCAACAUUGUCGGCGGCACGCUGCUCAACCAGCCGGUCUGGGGCGCAGUGUACGCGAGCGCCAAUGGGUUCCUGUACGGCACCGAGAACCUCACUGGGCAGGUCUGGCGGUUUCCCGUCUUGUCGAGCACGGCGCCGGCGACGAGUGUGGUCACUGGGUCACCGGCAACGCUCAAUGAUGGCGCGAGAUGUCUGGAAGCUUCGAAUCUGCCGACGUAG